AUAGAAACAGUUUAAGAAGAUAACCAGUAUCGUAGAAUAGUUUUUGGAGAAAUUUUACUAAUUUGACAAAUGUAAAUAAUAGAAUAUUUUCGAUGAUAAUAGUGGCGGCGCCAAUCUCGUGAACAAAAGAAACAGCAGUGAAGCAACGUGCAGCAACGUGCUUCUGCUUAGCCCAUUUUAACUAUGCAACUGCCGAAAUAUGAUCGUUCGUAUUGUGUAAUUUGUUAAUAAUUUAUAUCCCUUUUCCCCAAUUUAUCGGCGCAUAAAACUAAUAUAAAUAUCGUGUUUUUAUAAUCGAGUGCACUUUUUACAUAAUUUCCACAUAAAUAAAAAACAAAAUUGGUAAUAUCAACGCCGCUCCUUUGUAUCGCCGACACAAAUCACCGGAGCCUCAUGUUUCUCUGCUGGCAUUAUUUUUAAUGUUUUAUACGGUGUAUGGAUUUAACCAUGGAUGUUCGAAAUGAGCUUGAUUUUCAAUUCUUAGAUUUGCACGAUUUAAAUGACAGCGAUAAGAAUCAUUUAAUAAGCAUUCUAAAAUCCAAUGUUACUAAUGAUUCAUUAAAAUUGCCGUGGGAUACAGUCGAGGCUAAUAAUGAUGUCAAUGUUUCUGUGACAGAAAUUCCUCAGCUUCUUAAUCAAUGGUAUCAAAAUGCGAUGCCACCACCACCUUCGUACACGCAACAAAUAAUGUGUAGUGACUGGCAGGGACCAGCCAUUUAUCCAGUUCCAACGGACGCUCAUAUACAACCAUUCAUGCCUACCAUGACUUACACUCAUCCAGGCUACAAUCUUGGUACUGAAAUGCAUGAUGUCACUUGCAACAGAGAAAACAAUAGAAGAAAUAGUAGAGGAAGAGGAAUAAGAAGAGAUAAUUUCAAUCGCGGAAUGAAUCCUGCAAACGAAAUGCAGCCAGGAUAUAUGGGAGAGCAAGGACAAUUUCAUCCGCCUUUAUCCUUCGUUGUUAUGUAUCCGGAUCAAACGCAACAACAGCAAUUUUCCAGUCAUGUCCAUUAUCCUCCGCUAGCCAUCUAUCAACCAAAUAUUCAUACGCAUACCAACACACAUCCUCACACACAAGCUGCGUAUGGAUACCCUCCUUAUCAUCAUCCUUCAGGAAAUAUAAGAUGUGUUCGACAAGCAGCACCCAUCGUUUCUCAACCUACUCAAGAGUGUACAAAGGUACAAGCUACAAAGUCUCACGAGAAACGUGUGCAGAAUGCUUAUGCACCGGCUAAGCCACCUUUUCAUCAAGUAAAUGAAGAGGAGAAUUCUUCACAGACCAACAUAGUCACUACAGUUAUAACUGUGAAUAACAGUAAAGUAGAGCAAUGCACUGAUAACACGGACGAAAAUACUGCCAAUCUAAAGAAUUCAAACGCAAAUGGGAAAGUGCCCCCUGUAAAUGUUAAAAUAGAGCAUAACAUCGUAUCCACUGUAAAUGAGAAUUGUAAUGGAACCGAGAAAAAUGAUGUGCCCUGCGUGAACAUUAAUAGUAGCAUCGAAGUAAAACAAAAUGGGGAAACCGAUAAGGAAUACAAGAACGAAACAGUUUCUAGCAUAAAAACGACUGUUGUUAAAACAUUGUCUAAACCGGUUUCGAAGAAUGAAACCGAAGCUCCGAAAGAAGAUGUAUCUACGAAAAAUACGCAAGAAGAAAAUGUUGUUAAAGUAACGAACAGCUCUCCUAUCGUAACAAGCACACCAGCAAUAUCAUCGCCAGCCCCGUCUAAUAUAUCUUGGGCUAGUAUUUUGAAGAAAGGGAAUACAGAUGCACAAUCAACUUCGUCGAGCUAUAAGCCGACUGCGCGCAUUAAUCCUUUACCGAUUACCGAAAACGACGUGGCAUCCAAGAUGCAAGUAGAAAAAGAUCAGCGAUCUAGUACUACAGCUUUCACAAAUGAUAUAUCAUCCAACGUGCAAAGUGUUGUAACUGAAAACAAAUUUCCACAAGCGGAACCAUUACAAAAUUGUUACAACGAUCCUCUCGCUUUCCGCAUGGGCGAAUUUCUAUUAAACUAUCAAAUGGAUAAGCAAACUGUGAGUUUGUUACCCAGAGGAUUAACGAAUCGUAGCAAUUACUGUUAUAUCAAUAGCAUAUUGCAAGCUUUGCUUGCUUGUCCACCUUUUUACAAUCUUUUAAUGGCUCUACCACGUUCCAAAAAUCUCAGUAAAACGUCAUCUACUCCACUCAUCGAUAAUAUGAUCAAAUUUGUAAACGAAUUUACGCCUUUGUCCGAUGGCGCACGACUAGCUAGGAAAGAUAGAGCGAAUAAACGAGGGGAAGAUGCGGUGGUAGAUAUACAAAGUGGAGUGGCCUUUGAACCCUUUUAUGUAUAUACCAUGUUAAAACAUACGUCAGCAGCGGGUGUAUUUUCUGUGGAAGGGCGCCAAGAAGAUGCAGAAGAAUUCCUCUCGUGCCUUCUGAACGGUAUCAACGACGAAAUGCUUGAACUAAUUAAGUUAGUGAAUAAUGACCAAAACAUAACGACUAACGUAGAAAGUAAUGUAAAUCAUAACAAUGGCGAAGAGGAAUGGAAGGUGAUGGGUCCAAAAAAUAAAGGAUCUAUUACACGGUGUACUGAAUUCGGAAGAACACCAUUGUCUGAUAUAUUUCGCGGGCAAUUAAGAUCUCGAGUUUCACGAGCAGGAGAACAACCAACAGACAACGUCCAACCGUUUUUCACGUUACAACUUGACAUCGAAAAAGCAGAAUCCGUCAAAGGUGCACUCGAAAUUCUUGUUGGAAAAGAUCAAUUGGAAGGAAUGACGUGUAGUAAAACGAAACAACAAAUAGAGGCUUGGAAACAAGUUACCUUAGAGGAACUACCUGUGAUUCUUAUAUUACAUCUAAAAUGGUUUGAUUACAAGCUCGACGGUUGCUCAAAAAUUGUGAAGAGUGUAGAGUUCCCAAUCGAUUUAAAACUAGACAGCAAAUUCCUAUCGCCAAACGCUGUGAAGAAAUUAAAUCCAAAGCAGAAACAUUAUAAGCUGUUUGCAGUUACUUAUCAUGAUGGGAAAGAGGCGACGAAGGGUCACUACGUAACAGACGCUUUUCACGUUGGAUACGGCGGCUGGGUCAGAUACGAUGAUAGUUCAUUGAAAGGUAUUUCUGAAAGUAAUGUAUUAAAGCCCACCCCUCCGAGAGUUCCAUAUUUAUUAUAUUAUCGAAGAUGCGACACUAUCGGAAAUAAUCAAUCAAAUAGUGGUAAACCACGUUAAGACGAAAGAUCAUUAAUUAAUAAAUAUAGACGAAGCUAUAUUCCGAAUCUUGAAAAGCAAACUUGAGAGAAUAGCUUUUACAGUUUUGUGGUUCUUGUUGAUACUUGUAUAUCUAAAUACAGAGAAUGUUUAUUAA